UUUUCUUCGUUGCCUUGGUAGCGACUGAUUCGGUGUUUUCAUCAAGCACGUUAGCUACUAGCUAGCUAGCUAUAUAGCAAACCUAACGUCAGCAGGAUUCAUCGGCUUAGGAUGGAUAUUAAAGAGCGUAGUCUUAUAGGCGGAGAGAACAUUGGUAACAUCGUUGAAAUGGUGGACAUGGAGGAGGAGGACUUUGCAGUUUCAAGCUCGACAGACGCUGAAGCAGCCUUCGAUGCAGUGAUUGGAAGCAUAGAAGACAUUAUUAUGGAGGAGGAGUUCCAGCAGCUGCAGCAGAACUUCAUGGAGAAACACUACCUGGAGUUUGAGGACUCUGAGGAGAACAAGCUCAGCUACACUCAGAUCUUCAACAAAUAUAUUGAACUGUUGGAGAAGCACUUAGAGCAACAGCUGAUACAGAGGAUUCCUGACUUCAGCAUGAGUUCCUUCACUCUGCUGUUGAAGCAGCACAAGGAUCAAGUGUCCGACGACAUCUUCGAUAUGCUUUUGACGUUCACCGACUUUGUGGCCUUCAAGGAGAUGUUUGUCGACUAUAGAGCUGAGCGUGAGGGCCGCAGGCUGGACCUUAGCCAAGGUCUUGUGGUGAGGUCCCUAAACUCUGCAUCUUCCAAACCGUUAAACAAGAAGACUACAAGUACAGGACUGGAGUGACACACACACAUACACAUCAUACAGAUAUACAUUAACUUUAGGGCAACAGAGGAUGAAGUGUUUGCAGGACUUACCAGUUCACCUAGAGGAACACGAGCUCUGCUACAAGUCUGCUGACUACCAUUGCGGACAACCUUCCCUUGUUCCGCCAUACAGACACCUGUAUCCUUACCAUGGGAAAACAGCAACAUCUAUCUGUACAUACUAAGCGUGAACUUGAGUCUUGUGCCUGUGAAUGUAACCGAUGUGUCUGAAGCACUUGAAAUGUCUUUGUUUUGUAAAAUUAAAAUGUGAAGGUCAUUUUUUUGCUUACUGUUUUGUUGGUAGAUGGUUUGUUUGUAGUUGGUAAAGUGAAAAUGCAUCAGCAUCUUUCAUCGAAAUUUCUCUUCAUUUAGAGUGGUACCACCACUGUCCAACUAGCCAAUGGAAGUUUGUCUAUUCAUGAUGUAUUAAUAACAUUGAUUGAUACAUAAACAGUGUUUUCUACCUUUCUUUAAUAUAGGACUUAUUGCACUGUAUGUCACUGGUUUGUACAUACUGUCUGUAAAUAUCCAUGUUUUACAAAUAAAGAUAUUGAAUCGUUCUGUAAAAUCACAUUCUAGUUUAUUUAAUUUAAGUACUGAUAAGUUGGGACCAACAGCUCCUAAACUCAAACUUACAUAGGUCUUCAAACUGAUAUUUGUAUAAAAGGGAUACUGCAUAUCAAGUGGCACAUUACUCUACUGCUUCAUAAAUAAACACAUCAUUUCAUGUUUGGUCUAGAAAGGACACAGGUGAGUGUUUUAGACAUGGUUAUGAGCACCAGGACAAGUCUCUAUCCACCCCCUGACUGACCUUUAGGUCGGUGUGCUAGCUCCCGUGACACAGAGCCCUAUCCCGUCCAGUAUAACCACAGCCAUAUAGAAUAAAAGUACAGUUCUGUGCAACGCUGUACUGCCAACAUGAACACAUAUCUGAAUGAUUAACAGCUGUCAGCAUAGCAAUAGUUGCCGUGGGACGCCAGUUUGACGUCUGUUGGCGUCAUGCACACAGCAACCAUAGUCAAGACUCAGCAAGCUGCCAAGGCCCCAGUUUAUCAAAUAAAUCAUCCUAUACACAGAGGAAACAGUAGCCAACAGGUCAACGGUAAACAGUAUACAUCCAGCACCCAACAAGUGCUUGAGGGUGCUUGUCUUGUGCAGUGAGGGGCUUUAAGUAUUUUUCUCUGUAUUUUUACAGAGUCCCAAUGGCUGGCAACGUUUCUGUUGUGUACCAGUCUUUCAGUGUAGACUGCAGUGCAGUGGAGUCUAGUGUGUCCAGAGAGUCAGGAGAGUCCG